ACGUCGGCAGCGGCGGAGGCAAAAUGGAGGCGCUGGUGCUGGAGCCGUCCCUGUACACGGUCAAGGCCAUCAUCAUCCUGGACAACGAUGGCGAGCGGCUCUUCGCCAAGUACUAUGAUGACACGUACCCCAGCGUGAAGGAGCAGCGCGCCUUCGAGAAGAACAUCUUCAGCAAGACGCACCGCAGUGACAGUGAGAUCGCGCUGCUGGACGGGCUCACCGUGGUCUACAAGGGCAACAUCGACCUCUACUGCUACGUCAUCGGCAGCGCCCACCAGAACGAGCUGAUGCUCACGGCCGUGCUCAACUGCCUGUUCGACUCCCUGAGCCAAAUGCUGAGGAAGAACGUGGAGCGCCGGGCGCUGCUGGACAACAUGGAGGGGCUGUUCCUGGCUGUGGAUGAGAUCGUGGAUGGAGGGGUCAUCCUGGAGAGCGACCCCCAGCAAGUCGUGCACCGCGUGGCCGUGAGGGUACGGGGGG